CACCGAUCAAGAUCUGGCCGAAAGUCGUGAGGCAGAAGAGGAGAUUUGACGCUUUUCUGUGACUUAUUCACCUUCCUAUCAAAGUCCUGGCUGGAUUCCUCCAAUUGCUAUUACUCUGCUGUGUCUCUCUGUAGUUCCACAAUCAGUUGUAACUGCUGUCAUGUGCAAACAUGUUCUAGACACCAAACACUGUAAGAAUAAAGCCCCUCCUCUGCCAAGCACACCAUCUCCUCCCUCUGAAAUUCCUCUGAAUUCUUUGAAACCGUGUUUACCUGCAGCGUUUUGGAACUCAUUACUAUGCUGCAUCACCAACUGCACUGCUUGCCUAAUUUUUAAGGUCUCUCAAGGUGUGCAGUAUAGGCUGUUGUCCCAGCCUUUCUGAUCUGCAUCCUCAGAACCCCUUCUCCUUUGGUUCAUAGAUGCCAACGGCAUCACCGUGAGACCAACUUCUGUACAUGAAAUUUCCAGAGUGGCUGGUGUCAUGGAGCCGAACGAGAAAAUCCAGGAUGGACUUGGCUCAUGUGUGGGACUCACCACCCACCAAGCACUGUCCCGUCUGCAGGAGCAGCUGUCUGUGGAGCUGUCCAACCACCAGAGACAGAGGAAGAUCCUUCCGUGGAAGAACUGGAGGAGGAGUUUUUUGUAUCACAAAAAUCGUUCUUCCUGCUUCCACUGGCCGGGCGCUGCGCUCAUGUUGCUCGCAACUUUAAUGCUUCUCUUUUGUUUUGGCAGUCAACCACAGGGGAGCCAGGGCUCGGAGGUGGGUAAUGCCUGUGCCCUGCUAAUGCUGCUGCUUCUUGAUCUGUUCCUGAUGAGGCGACUGGAGAUCCUCAAGCAGCAGGAGGUGGAGAGGAGACUGAUAAAGAUCAUCAAUGACAUUAAAGAUAUCCUUAGGAGAGGACUUGUUUGGGGGGAUGCUCUGUAUCCUGAUCUCUACAUGCCUUCAGCCCCUUCAUGGUCCCUGCAUUGGGCUUAUCGAGAUGGGCGACUUGUGAACUUACCGGUCAGCCUGCUGGUGGAUGGAGAUGUGAUCGCCCUGCGACCUGGGCAGGAAUCGUUUGCCUCUGUGAGGGGCAUAAAGGAUGAUGAACACAUAGUCCUAGAACCAGGUGACCUCUUUCCCCCUUUCACUCCUCCGCCAUCACCCAGAGCUGAGGGCAAGAGGGUCCCUCAGGAUCCACAGCAGCAUCAUCUGUUCCGUGUCAGCAAAACUCCGGUUCUGGACAAUGUCAGGAGCUGGUUGGAUCAGGCCUUGUCUCGGCCAGUAACAGCCUUGGAUAAUGAGCGAUACACCGUUCAGUCAGUGAUGCUAAUGCAUGCUGUCCCCAGCAUUGUGGCUGCCUUCCUUAUCACCAAUGCUUUACGUCUUAUCUUUAGUGCUCCCGGCAUCCCACCAUGGCCCUAUGCUCUGCUACAACUUCAGGUAAAUGCAGUUCUCCCUGUUCUGCCACUUCUUUUCCCCGUCAUGUGGAUCCUGGUCACUGCACUUGGGGAAGCACGAGCACUGGCACAAAUGAGCAUGAACUCUCCCACCUCCCUGAUAGCCAAGUUUUCUGAAGAUACCCUCAGCAGCUAUACAGAGGUCGUGUCUACACAGGAAAUGAUGCGAUGUGUGUGUUCCCACUUCCUGCAAGUCCUAAGAGGCAAAAGCGAAACUCUGGCCUACACAUCUAGCUUGUUGCAUGGCUUGGGAUCUGUCACAGUUCUGUGCUGUGUGGAUAAGCAAGGGGUGCUUUCUUGGCCCAACCCUAGCCCAGAGACUGUCCUGUUCUUCAGCGGAAGGGUUGAUCAGACCACUGACAGGCAUGAUGAUGGCACUGAUCAGAUGUCCCUAAGAUCCUACUGCCAGGCUGAUCUUGAGGAGGAGGUGAGGCGAUGGCCUAAUAUUCUUAGUCCUUAUGUGAUGCUCAUAACUUAUAUAUAUGUGCCUUUUAAUUUAUUAUCCCCUAAGCCACAAGAGAUGGUGGCUCUGUUGGCAGACACGGAUGCUAUGCAAUUUGUGAAUGAGCAGGAGACCCCAGAGAAACAAGGGGAUUCUAAGACUUCUGACCCUACACGCAAGGGACACAGCAGGACCAAACACACUUCGGGGUCCAAUGUCAGCUUCAGCCAAGAGACAGCAGGACCGGGCAAUAGUGAAAUGGAUGAUUAUGUGUGCGACUGCCAUCUAGAGAUGCUGCGCCUUUCCCAGGACCAGCAAAACCCACAGAGCAUCCAAUUUGAUGAGUCCAACUGGCAACUGCACCUUAGCUCCCUGAAACCAUUAGGACUUAACGUACUGCUAAACCUCUGUAACCCAGCAGUGACCGCCACUCUCUGCCGUUUCUCUGAUCAUCUGAGACACAUUGCUCUCCAGGAGAUGCACUGCUCGGUAUUGCCGGGGCAUAUUCCUUGGGGCCUCUGCGAUUUUUCCAGAUUGAUUGGAUUUACCCCAGGAGCCAAGGACCUUUUUAAGUUGGAGAACCAUGUUGCUCUCUACCAUCUACCGAGCGACGAGGCUGUGAAAGACAAUCUGCUGUCGAAGCUGUCCACAUCAGCCAGGCGAAGACCCCCUCUUAGUCACAUGAUCAGCCUCUUUGUCAAGGAUGUUACUACUAACACCGAGCAGAUGCUGUCUCAUGGAUCUGCAGACAUUAUCCUGGAAGCCUGCACAGAUUUCUGGGAUGGAACUGACAUUUAUCCUCUGUCUGGCUCUGACAGGAAGAGGGUGCUGGAUUUCUACCAACGAGCCUGUCUGUCUGGCUACUGCUCUGCUUUCUCUUACAAACCCAUGCACUUCUCCCUUUCUCCUCAACUGCAUGGAAAGUGCAUAGAGUUACUGCAUGCCCCGGGGCACAAUGCCCUUUCUGCACCAUGUGAUCUUGUUGGCAGCAUCGCCCUGAAACCUGGAGGCAGACAUGACAGCUGGAGCUCUGAUGAGGGUAUUGGGGAAGUGAUAGAGGAUUUCACACAGGCUCUGAGUGGCCAGAUCUUCAUGGGAAUGGUCUCCUCACAGUAUCAGGCUCGGCUGGAUAUUGUUCGCCUUAUCGAUGGGUUAGUAAAUGCCUGCAUCCGAUUUGUAUACUUCUCUAUGGAGGACGAGCUACGGAGCAAGGUCUUUGCAGAGAAGAUGGGUCUGGAGACAGGAUGGAAUUGUCAUAUAUCUCUGACCCCAAAUGGGGACGGACCUGGGUCUGAAGUGCCCCCAUCUAGCCCAAGCCAUGCAGGCUCUUUGCGGGAUGAUCUGCACCAGGCCUCUCGAGAGGAUGCUGAAGGGCUACUUCUCAUGGAAGAUGAAGGUCACUCCGAUAUGAUAAGUUUCCAGCCUACAGACAGUGAUGUCCCAAGCUUCCUGGAGGAUUCUAAUAGGGCAAAGCUUCCUCGGGGAAUCCACCAGGUUCGACCUCACCUGCAGAAUAUUGAUAACGUGCCUCUGCUGGUCCCGCUGUUUACAGACUGCACACAAGAGACCAUGUGCGAGAUGAUCCAGAUCAUGCAGGAAUACAGAGAGGUGACAUGCAGCAUAGGGAGCUCGGCAAGUAUCCGGAACAGCGGCCUGUUCUUAGAGAGUGAUAUUAGUAUCUGUUUGGACCCUUUGUAUCCAUCUCGUUGUUCUUGGGAGAUGUUUGGGUAUGUAAGUGGCCCCCUACAGACAACAGCUUCAGAAGAACUUUCCCCCCUUCAGAUUUCUGCAGCCCUGAACUGCCUGCCCUGCUCCAUAUCCUUCCGGCAAGAGGAGUGUGUGGGCAUUAUCCGGCUUAUUGAACAGGCACGCCAUUCUACGUACGGUAUCAGGAAAUGCUUUCUGUUCCUUCUACAGUGCCAACUCACCCUUGUUAUUGUCCAGUUUAUGGCUUGUUUGCUACAGCUGCCUCCUAUUCUUAGUACUACAGACAUUCUCUGGUUGUCCUGCUUUUGCUACCCCCUUCUCAGUGUGUCUUUGCUCGGGAAGCCUCCAGAUAAUUCUAUAAUGGGUGUAGCCACUGGAAAAAACCUUCGUUCAAUCCCAAAAAAGACGCAGCACUACUUUCUGCUCUGCUUCUUGCUCAAAUUCCUUCCUUCCUGUUGCUGCUGUUUGGCAUGCUUCUGGUUCUCACUGCAGAGAUUUUGCGAGAUCUCCUCCCACAGCAACUCCACCAAUUGCUCAGGAAUUGCCACAUACAGUUACUCUGCCGUUGCCCCGGACUGGUUUGGUUCCCUUUCUGGUGCUCUGCUGCUUGCACAGAAGCUCUCCGCUUGUCUCAUUGUUUUGCACAUUGUAUUUAUCUCCAUCAGUCACGUGCAUCGUUCCAAACCGCUGUGGAAGGGAAGCCCCUUCAGCAAUUGGUGGUGGAGUGCAACUAUUCUUGUGCUGGUUCUGGCCCAGGGACUACAGGCUGGUCUUGACCUGCAGCUUUGGACAAACAAGGACACACCCCUGACCUUUCACCUUUGGGACAUCCCUCUUUUGACCUGGCUACUGGGGACUCUUUCGCUGAUUGCUAUCCUUGUCAUUAAUGAGUUGGUCAAAUUGCAUGAAAUCAGGGUACGAGUGCGAUACCAAAAGCGGCAGAAGCUUCAGUUUGAAACCAAACUUGGCAUGAAUUCUCCGUUCUGAUCCUUUUUUCAACGUGCUGUCCAUGAGGAAUACUUCUCGACCCCCUUGACGGAUGAGGAAGGAGGCAGAGAGAGCUGGUAUUGUUUAAUUCCAACAAUCCUAGAAGAUGCAGCUUUUCUUUCACCAAAAAGCCAGCCCUCACCACCUGUGCCUCCUUCCCACCUUCUGUGCCUCUGCACUCUCCCUGCUUGUUUACAGACAGUUGGCAGCUGGAGAGUUGUCUGCAGCUUUUCUUUGCCCUAGCGCAGUCCACGACCCCUUUGCACUGAUAACUUGAGGGGAAGAUAGCAUUUCCCUCUUUUAACCCUCCCAACAACCUGCAGCAUGGAUUGUAAUUGUAUUGCACAGCGACUCCUACCUGUGCCACAUGCCUGCAUGGCUUAUCUAGUGAAAUAUGAACUUCAGUGUCCUUUAGAACCACUAGACCUCACCAUGGUCAGCAUGAAUUGAACAGGCUACUUUUUUAAUGAUUAAUAUUUUCUAUCAAUUGUGGAUAAUGUGCUUUGUAUAAAAACUACUUGUAAAUAAAAUAUAUAUAUAUAUAUGUGAUUA